UCGAGGGCUGGCGGCGGCAGGACGCCGUCCGUCCCCUGCUCGCCCGCCCGCACCGAAUCGAGGGGGACACCUGAGAGUCGCGGGAGAAGAUUAUGGCAACGUGAGCGAGCGGCGGAGCCGCCUGGCCGGAGCCCGGUACCCAGCGGAGCGGAGCCGCGCCGUUACCGCAGCCCGAGCGCUGAGCGCGGCCGUCUCCGAGCCCUGCCCCAGCUCAAUAUUCUCUUCUUGGAGGCUCUCUCUUUUCCUUUUGACGACAAAGAUGAAAAGAAAGUGGAUAUUGAAGGAUUUGCAUUUUAUCUUUUUUGGUGUGCUCUGUCUCCUUGUCAUAGAUGGAGCUAAACUAGAACAAGUAAAACAUUCAGAUACAUACUGUGUGUUUCAAGAUAAGAAGUACCAUGUAGGAGAAAGAUGGCAUCCUUACCUAGAACCCUAUGGCCUCGUUUACUGUGUUAAUUGUCUUUGCUCAGAGAAUGGAAAUGUUUUGUGCAGCAGAAUAAGAUGCCCAAGUCUACACUGUGCUUCCCCCGUGCACGUACCACAGCUAUGCUGCCCACGAUGCCCAGAAGACUCCCUUUUCUCAGUAAGCAGCAAAAUCACCGGGAAAUCCUGUGAAUACAAUGGCACCACCUACCACCAUGGUGAAAUGUUUGUGGCUGAGGGGCUUUUCCAAAACAGGCAAGCAAACCAGUGUGCCCAGUGCAGCUGCUCAGAAGGAAAUGUGUACUGUGGAUUGAAGACUUGUCCCAAAUUAACUUGCUCUGCCCCAGUUUCUGUUCCAGAGUCCUGCUGUCCAGUUUGCAGAGGAGAUGGAGAAUUGUCAUGGGAACAUUCUGAUGGAGACAUCUUCAGGCAGCCAGCCAACAGGGAAGCUAGACACUCCUACCAUCGCUCCCAUUACGAGCUGUCGCCCAGCUCUGCCAGGCAGGUCAACAUUCCACGAUUUCCCAGUGCCAGGAGUAACCGUGGAGUGCUCCCAGACCCCCAGCAGGCCUCGGGAACAAUCGUGCAAAUCGUCAUCAACAACAGGCACAAGCACGGGCGAGUUUGUGUUUCAAACGGCAAAACAUACUCACAUGGUGAAUCUUGGCAUCCCAGUCUCCGGGCCUUCGGAAUCGUAGAGUGUGUGUUGUGCACCUGCAACAUCACCAAACAAGAAUGUAAGAAAAUUCACUGUCCAGAACAAUAUCCCUGCAAAUACCCUCAGAAAGUAGAAGGAAAAUGCUGUAAAGUCUGCCCAGAAGAUGUGCCAAGUCAAACCUUUGACAACAAAGAUUACUUCUGUGGGAAAGAGACGUUUCCUGUCUAUGAAUCCAUUUUCACAGAGGAAGGAGAAACCAUCAGGAAAAUUGCAAUAGAGACUGAAAAGCCACCUCAAAUAGAAAUACAUGUGUGGACAAUUAGAAAAGGGAUUUUGCGUCACUUCUAUGUUGAAAAAUUGUCCAAGAGAGAAUUUGAAGGACUUCCUUACUUCAAGUUGAUAACAAGGACAACCCUUAGCCAGUGGAAAAUAUUUAGCGAGGGAGAAGCUCAGAUCAGCCAAAUGUGUGAAAGCAGAGUGUGCAGGACUGAGCUCGAGGAUUUGGUAAAGGUUUUGUACCUUGAAAAGUCUGAAAAGGGUCACUGUUAAGGGAGACAGCACUGGAGGGAAAAACACAAGAAAACUUAUGAAAACUUGGAUCUGCAGCUGGACUGCAGGCUUAUUUUGCUUAAGUCAACAGUUGUCCUAAACCCCAAAACUAUAAUGCAGUAAUUAUUCACAUCAUGCACAGCAAAUUUGCUGCUUUAUGUGUAGUGGUCUGUGUCAACCGCUCAAAUAUCUCCUCCAAAAGAGCAGAAGGCUCUGUGGUACUGGUGGGGGAAGGAGAAAGAAAGACUGUGCCUUCCUAGAGUCCCAUUUCUUUACAAGAAGAGAAAACAGAGCAUUUUUGCUAUUAUUAUUCGGUGGGUUAUUUAAACUAAUGAAAAGAAGAACACCAACUAAACGUGCAGGAGCUGUGGAGAGCAUUAUAUCCUGACCUGAACUGGUUCCAUCCCUGGUCUUGAAAUGACUCACAUAGUAGUGGAGGAAAAAAACAAGUGAUACAACACUCAUGUUGGAGACAUAAAAAGCAGAUUUACACUAACAGACUGCUCAGCAGCCUGCCUUUGGGAUGAUGUCUUGUAGUUGAGCAAACAAAGUGCACAAACUGAACAGCAGGUGUUAGUGGCAAUCACUAUGUUUUUGUAGCAAUUGGAGCAAACGUUCACUUUUAAGUGGUUUUCACUGUUUCCUCCACCCACUUCUCUAAAAGUGUAAGCUCCCUAUCACAACCCUAAUAACUUCAUUCUAUUUACACACGCCCUUGGCUGGCAAAUCACCUCCUAAUGUGGCAUGGCAGAAGCUGGUGAAGCACUUGCAGUACUUCCAAAACAUUAAAGCAUUAAAACUCGUGAUUAAUAAUGCCUUAAAAGUUGUGACAGAACUUAAUUUAUUUGUUCUGAUUUGUUACAAACAAUCUGCAUUUUUCUGAAAGAAUUCCCAUGUUUCAAGGUCAGCUCCCUCCCACGACAAAACUAAACAGCUAUAGGCUCGUGGAGCACAACAAGCUUGUGACAAGUGUUAUCUUUGAGAAAAAACUCAAAUCUGAGAGAUUCUGUUAACUUUAGUACAGCGUGCCUACAGUGUAUUUAGGAGAGGAGACUUUCAUCUGCAGAGUAAUUGUAACAAUCUGAAAACUAUUCUCACCAAAAUCCUGCACUGCCCCGUGGCUGCAAUGUUGGAUUAAAUCCCAAACUGCAAGUGACUCUGCCUGCUUUUGCUCCCACUUUCUACUCCACGAGCAGACAGGAAUAGUGCUGUUUAAACACAUGCUAGGAAACAAAGCUUUAUGGAAAUGGCCUGAGCCAGGGGCUGAGGCUUCACAGGGAGUGAAAUCAACAGCGACAGCGAGCAUUUUGAGGUUUGUCAUUCUGCCAGCGACAGCACUCAAGGGUGUCCACAUUCCUAAAGGGAUGAAGCUGUGGGAGAGGUCGGUGCUGAAUGCCAAAAGCCAGUUCAGGCAGAGCUCCACCAUGGUAAGGGGAUCCUUGGCUUGGGCAGCAGAGCCUGGCAGUCUCCAUCAGCAGUGCAGACCUCAGGGCCCGGCGGCGCUGCCCGAGCCUCGGGAGGAGCGCGAUGGUGCGCUUCUCAGCAAAGAGCACCGGGGAGGAGACAGACACAAAGGCGAAGGAAAGGCUGAAGGGAAUCAGGAGGAAACACACGGAGGGAUCUCAGGACCACCCUGCUGUCCCUAGGCCUGGACAGAGAGCGGGUAAGAUUUGGGCAUCCGGCCAUUUGAAAGUGCAGCAAGUUGAAAUGCAGGAACACCUGGCUAAGAGAAACCCCCUGGUACUGUUCAUUACAAGGAGAGCUAAGUGAACUGUCCUGCCACUUUACAGGGGGCUGGAGCUUCCCUAGGUCCUGUCCUGGUGUUGGAAAGGGGUGUAGCAUAUCUAAACAAGGCACUAAGACCUCACUGCGCCAGAGCUGCAGUGUAACUGUAGAAGAAGCAGUUUGGCACGAGAAGCACUGAUUGCACAUGGCAUCUACUGGGUUGAAAUGUGCUGCAGGACUGUAAAAUUUUAUUAUAAAUCUUUAGGAAGAGGUUCUGAGGAACUGUAGUGUUCUGGUGAGAAGACCAGCAGUUGAUUUCUCACCUAACAGGCAUUGUCUGUUUGUAGCAGUAGCUGGUGAAAAAAGACUGAGUGGAAAGUGUACAGUGUUUGUAAUUUUUUUUACAAGGAAAGCAACCAGCUUUUUGUAUUUGUGACAGGACUGGUGGAAUCCAGAUUGUGUAUUUAUUUUAUAAUAAACACUUCUUAAGAAAAGCAAAAACCAAUCAUAAGCAAGACGUAGUAAAAUGCAGCGUUGCGUUUUUCUGGUCACUAAAGACAACAAAAUACACAGUGUCAUGUUUUGCAUUCUAUUCAUGAGAUGUGUGUCUGUUACAGUACUUAUUUAUGUACUUGUUGUAUCACUUUGA